UUAAUAUAAAAAGGAGAAAUUAUUUAAUGGAUGCUAUGUUUGAUAAAAUGCAAAUGGACUAUGUAGGAGAGCUCACAAAAUCAUUUCCCUUCAAAUUUUCGACCACAAGCCUUGGUUUAUCUGUUCAUAAAGUUCAUUUACACUUUAUACAAGAUGUAAUGCUUCCAGAUGAUUUAACAAAUGUAAAUGAUGAAUAUCCUAGUGUCAGAGCAAGAUAUGAUUUGACUAACACUACGUUAUGCGCUUCUGCAGACCUUGUUAUAGACAAGGUUUUAAUGAACGGCCUUGUAAAAUUUCAAAAUAAAAAUUUUGGUAGUAAUGAAAAAUUAAAAAGUUUUGAACGACCUUUAAAACUUGUCGAAUCUGGUGCUAAUUUAGAUGUUAAUUCACUAAGAUUAAAUGUACGUUUUGUUACUGGGUCAAAUUCCAUUGGUAUUUUUGGAAUUCCAGAGAAUAUACAUCAAUUCAAAGAACCUGGAUUUCUUUCAUCUGAACAGUUAAAUAACGGUCCUGUUGUCUUAAAUAUUUCGUUAGAAAAACUUAAAUUAAAAUGGACCGGUUGCAUGAAAUCCAAUAAUUUUUCAAUUGAUUUGGAGAAUGUUUUUAGUUGUUUUAUUAAUCAAUCGCCUGAAAUUUUAACUGGAGCUAUAUACUGGUGGCUUGUAUUUGCUGAGGAUCUUUCAAGUUUAUUGAAGAAAUUUGAGUCACAUCGAAUUCGGCAAAUGCAAUUAUUAGUUCAUGAAAUUGCAAAAUACUCUAAAGAAGUAACUAGUGAUCCACAAUACUUAGCAACACCUUCUCACGUGCUUCGAUUAAGCGCGAAAAAUCUAAAAAAUGAUGAUGGAUGGAAAAUACUUGGUCGUCUCAGAUAUGUUAAGAAGCAAAUGAAUUUAGAUCAACUUGAAAAAUUGCAAGGAAUUUUGAAUUCUUCUGAUUAUCCAUCUGUGAAUCAAAAUGAUAUGUAUGAGCAGGUGGUACAUGUUUUCUCACUGUGGAGGCAUUGGGAAAUGGAUAAUUUGUCAACUUGUCGACUUUUUACUGAUCUUUUCCAGCAACCAACAAAGGAUUCAAGUUCAUUGAAUGACUCUGUUGAAAUUAUUUUCCAAUUAGUAAAGGCAUCAUUUAAUCGUUUCAAAUUAAGAGUUGGAAAUGUUGCAGUGUCAGUAUGGGAAUCACAACGCGAAAAUUCUAUAGUCUUAGGGCCCAUAGUGCUCGAUUGUGAGACCACAUACCACGAAGAUAGUUUAUCAUCUUUCGAAGCUAUUCGAUCAAACACAGAACCUGGAUCAUUUAGUACAACUUCAGGGCAAUCACAAGUUUUAAAUCCAAUAUCUGCUGGAGAUUUGAAUAUUGUUCUUCGAUUUGGCGUGGAACAGAUUGGUAUAGAUGUGAAUCCGGAUAUGCUAGCUUUUGCAAAACAUUGGCUUAAGGUGCAUCGAACCUUCAGAUCCAAAUUUGAAUCUUUGUCAAGUAAGGAACAACCAUCGACUUCGAUUGAAGGUAUCGCUUCUUCGUCAAAUGUUCAUAAGCAUAAGAAAUCUGGAUCAGUUGCUAGUAUGAACGAAAUAAAGCUUGUCAAGCUUAACGAUGGGAAACCAAAAGAUACACUUCAAGUUAAAGAUUUAUUAUCGCGACUAAAUAUCUAUAUUCAAGGGAUAAUGAUCAUUAGGAAAAUUUCAUUAACGGCUUCUGCCCAAAAAUUAAUCGCAUGUACCCAAUUAAGCAAUAUUAGUAUUUCAGUUUGGUUACAUAAUCCAAAAGCUUUGAGUCCUUCUGAAAAGUCAGAACUGGAAAGUAUGUCAGUUAACAAAAGCACCGCACAUCCAGGAUCGAAAGCAAGUGGCGGUAAAGGUUCAAAAAGUUUGAUAUUUUCAGUUGUUGGAGGAAUCAAAAAUAUUUCAAUCAAUAUUAUAGAAAAGGCAUCCAGUUCUUCUAGCCAAAAUACUUUAUUAUCUAUUGAAUUUACGCGUGUAGAUUCUAGUAUAGCUCUCAGUUCCCCAGCUCUUGGUCGUCCAAAGAGCAAAAUAGAUGUAGAAUUACUUAAAGUACUAAACAUUUUUUUGACGCUUCAAUCAAUUUCUAUCAAAUUACCACAAAGUCUUCUCAAACUUUAUCACUUUGUUGAAGAAUGGCGAGAGGAAAAUUUACCUAGUUAUGACUUUUUAUAUAAAAACUUAAAAGAUGAACUUGAAGAACAACGAAAAAUACUUAGACCUCCAACACCACAUAAUAUUCGUUUUGCUGAAAAGAAUGAGAAAAAAAAUAUUUUUGAUAUUAAAUUUCAAUUUUUGCUGAAAAAAGUUGUUUUACAAACUCAUUUGCUUCCAUCUUUGCGAUUUCAUUAUGAUGCGUGGGAUUUUCUCAUGAUUUUGGAACAGAAAAAUUCCCCAUUUGGUGGAAAUUUGAUAAAAUAUUUUGGUCAAUUGGCAAAACAAGAGAUUCACUUUGUGACUCGUCAAAAAAAUCAGAAUAAAUCAAGUCAAAAUGAAAAGCCCAUUCUGGAGGAACAAGAUGAUCAAUUACAAAAAAGUAUAUUUACUAUACCAGCUAUAAGAGCAACUGGAAAAAUAAAACCGUUUGAACCUAAUAAAACCACUAGCAUAAUCAUCAAAAAGAACACUAGUCCUGUUGGAUCCACGUCUAAUAUAUCGUUGGGGUCCACAUCGAGUAUUAUUCCAAAACAUUUAAAGUUGGAGUCAACAGUUACUUUAGAUUUUGUGCAAUUGAGUUUAAACGUGAAUAUAAUUGACAAUUUAUUAACAGCACAAUCACUCCUUGGAAAUGAGUUUAAUGAUGUUCUAGAUGUCUUUGUUUUUUCGUCAAAAAAACUAAAGGCACGUGGGGUUGCCUCCAAAGACAAGAGUUCCUCUUCAGUACAAAUGGAUCCACAUAAACAAGACAAAUUAUACUAUAAUCUCAAAAUAUCUCUUCGAGGCUUAAGAAUAUCAGCUGAGAGUCCUACCGCAGUUGGAUUGUUUGAGACAAACAUUCUAAAUGGACAUAUUACUAACAUACCUAUGCCCGAAGAUAUCAAAUCAACGAAGAUUGAAUGGUUUUUCUCAGCGCAAAAAUUCUCGCUUUCGCUUAAUCAUAAUACUAGAAUUGGAGGACAGUCAACUACAAAUGAUGAUAUUAGGAAACAUCGGAUAGCAUAUAUUAUAAUUGAUUUAACAUUGCAAAAUUCUAAGAAUAAACAACUGUUGCAAAAUCCAACAUUAGAAGACUCUUUGGACAUUACAGAAUCAUACUUUCUAAAAUUAACUAAAGCACAUGCUGUAAUGCAGCCUGUUGCAUUGGGUCGUCUUAUGGACGUAUAUGCGUAUUACAGUGGAGAAUUAGAACGUAGAAAAGAACUGAAAUCAUCAGAAAUUAAUAAACUGACUGAAAGUACACGAAAAUUGUGGAAAUCAUUCAAUAUAGAAAUGCCAAAAUAUAAAUCAAAGAGUAAAACUUUAUUGGAUGAGAAAGUGUUAUCGCUUGAAAUUAUGAAAUUUGCGGUAGCACUUCCAUUAGAUUUAAGUGAGAAUGUUAUUUCUACAACAAUGAACAAUUCUUCAGGUGAAUCAUCACUAGUAUCAGCAUUUAUCUUUUCCGCAUCUUCAAUGAAUUUCAUAACAAGAAAAUGGAAAUCUAAUCAUGCAACACUUAAAGAUUUAUGGUUUCAAUUUGUAACGGAAUUUGAUCAAAGGAAGGAAGAACUCUCUUCUUCUUAUUUCCAUUCUAAAAUGAAUCGAGUUUAUUUUCCAGAAAUUUCAUGUGAAGGAUAUAGUUCCGGUACUAUGUACAAGAAAAAAUUUGACAUUCAGUCCCGAGUUGAAGGGUUUGAAAUGGACGUUGGAAGUAAUAUUGUCAAACAUAUAAAUUGCCUUAGUGAGAUUUACGCUGCAAGCCGAGAGCGAUUAGAAACAUUUGCAGCAGAGGCAAAUUUGAAUUCGGGAUCUGAACAAAAGUCAGUAAAUGUCGAUAGUAAUAACAAUUUACAAAAGGAUACAAAAGUGAUUGAUUUAGAAUUUGAGGUCGCAUUUACUGCCAAGAGUGGUACAAUAAAAUUAUAUCCGAAAAGUUAUUUUUCCAGAAAUCACAGUAGAAAACCUACUGGAAGCAAAGUAUCUGACAAGUCAAGAUCAAUUAGGGAGUCUCGUGGCAGCACCGCUUCACUUCCAAGGUUAAAUAUAGAUUCCAUUAAUCUUGAUGAUGUAACAAAACAUGAACAUGGAAUAGAUACUAUUAUUAUACCCGGCCUCAGCAUAAAUACGAUAUACAGAACAUUCUUGAGUGAAAAUAUAAUUCAUUUUAACAAAAAUGGUUCUUUAACAAGGCGUUUACAUGUUGAGCUUGUAAUUCAUCCAAGUUCAAAUAUACUGUUUCCUUCCUUGGUGCCAUUUUUCAAGGACAUUAUUGACGGUCUCAAAAUAGGAGUUCAGCAAUCUAGUGACAAAAGAGCUAUUGCAGUUAAAGAAAGUGCAUCACCGAUUCAGGGCAUAAAUAUAACAUUUCAUUUAAGACUUUUACAUACCAAUUUUGAGUUAAGUUGUAAACCUAUAUCCAAAGUCUUUUGUUGCUUUAAUUGGGAAGAAGGAAACUUUCUUAUAUCCUCAAACAGUGCAGAAGAAGGUAGUCAGAGUGUUACAUGUGUUGGUAAAAUAAGUGGUGCUUCAGGAAAUAUUCGACAUGCUUUCUCACCCGAAGACUGUGUAAAAGCUGAAAUAAAAGAUAUCUCCUUUAAUGCAACAAUGAUGAGCAGGCGAAGUGAGAGCGUUUCUGAUGACUCUAUAUCAAUUAUAGCGGAACUUCCUCAAAUUACCGCAGAUUUAAACAUUCGUUAUUUGCAGGAUCUGCUAGUUCUCAAGAUCAUAUGGUUGGAUCAAGCUGCAAAAUUAUACGAAGGAAUUCCCCAAAAUUCACAGCAUUUAUCUCAACGUAUUAGUGGGGAUGUAACGAAUAUUAAAAGGCAGCAUUCACCUUCACCAUCUCAAGAAGAAGAACCAAAAGUCAAACCAUAUUCAUUUUAUGAUUUUGUAAAAUUGGAUAGACUGGAUUUAUCCAGUGAUCUAGGUCAAGCAAUCGGAAAGGUUCUGUUCAAUACUCAAAAUAUUCAAGUUCGUACAAAGAAUAUACCGGGAGUUCAAAAAGGACUUAUUGCGUCCACAGACGUCCUUAAUGUUAAAUGUGAAGGACGUCUUAUUGGAUCAGCAAGCAUUGCAGGACUUAGUUUUUCCACUGUACUUGGAGUGCCACCACACUCAGAAGAGGAUAGUCAAACUUGCGUAACAAAUUUGGUAUUUAAAUCAAAGAGAAUUCAAUCAACAUUUGAAUAUGAGUUUCAAAAAAUCAUAGUGCUAGAUCUUGACCCGAUGCAAUUCAAGCUUACAGAUAGUUGGGAAAUAGUAUCGCCGGAAAAUGCAUCUGUAUUAGUACACGCAGAUAUAUCAUUACAACAAAUUCAAGCAAUUGCUACCAUAAAAACAAUACCUACAAUUCUUCACAUGAUAAACAAACUUUUAGCAUUAGUUGAAGAAAAACAAUCAUCUGCUGCUAGUGCAAUUUUAGAUUCUAAAUUUAAUAGUUCAAAUAGUUCAAAUACCGAUACUUUGCCACAUGAUUCAGGUUCUGAUAAAUUAUCACGAAAAAAAACAGAUAUAAUAAUGACUUUCAAAGAGGUAUUGGUUAGAGGUGUAACAGUUCACCCUAUUGGAAAGAUUACGAUUGCAAUGGAUAAAGCAUAUUUUACAAUAUAUCCAAAUAACUUUUAUGAUUUGGAUUGUUUGCAGACGAAAUUUGAUGGCCUUUUUUUGGAUAUGAAUAAGUCCAUUAAAGAUGAACAAGUUCAUCGAGAACUUAAUGUGCGCCUCAAUAGCAUUGCAUUAUUAAAAAGUUUGUGCAAAAAGCUCAAACUCAAGGAUGAUAAUGAACUUACGCUUCAGAAAUGGUUUGAACAUGUUGAGGCAGCAUCUUCGAAGAAUAUAUUUACUCUUCCUAAUACAAAUUUAAUUAUGGACACUACACAAAGGGUGGGAAGUAACACUGUUGAUCAUAAAUUUGAAGUACAUUUUGGAGGAAAAGUAGACAUUGCAUUAAAUUUUGGAUUAAUCAGAUAUCUUCAAGAAUUGUCAGCUUUAUAUAAAGAACUAAUGAAAAAGAAUAGUACAGAAGUUCCAAAAUCACCUAACACACCUGGUACGUCAUCUAACACAGGAAAUCAGCUACAAUCUCCAGCAAUAACACAAUCAGCACCUACUACAGAAUUACCAGUGUCGGAUAACGAAGAUUUACAAGAAGCUAAGAAGAAGGAUAUAAUAAUAUAUAAUCCAAUAGAAGCAGUAAAAUUAGAGCCACAAUUGCGUUAUCUAGGAGAUGCUACUCCACCUUUGGAAUGGGUUGCAUAA